CGGGUGCACGGCGGCCGCGCUCACCGGCCCAGCCGCGGAGCCCCGGAGGGGAGCGCGAGGGCGAUGCCGCGGUGACGGCCGCGCCAUGGCGAAGCCCCCGGCCACGGCGGCGGCGGCGGAGGAGCUGAGCCAGGUGCCGGACGAGGAGCUGCUGCGCUGGAGCAAGGAGGAGCUGGCGCGGCGGCUGCGGCGCGCUGAGGGCGAGAAGGUGGGCCUCAUGCUGGAGCACGGCGGCCUGAUGCGCGACGUGAACCGGCGACUGCAGCAGCACCUCCUGGAGAUCCGCGGCCUCAAGGACGUGAACCAGCGGCUGCAGGACGACAACCAGGAGCUGCGCGAGCUCUGCUGCUUCCUCGACGACGACCGGCAGAAGGGGCGCAAGCUGGCGCGCGAGUGGCAGCGCUUUGGGCGCCACGCGGCCGGCGCCGUGUGGCACGAGGUGGCCCGCUCGCAGCAGAAGCUGCGGGAGCUUGAGGCGCGCCAGGAGGCCCUGCUGCGCGAGAACCUGGAGCUGAAGGAGCUGGUGCUGCUGCUGGACGAGGAGCGCGCGGCGCUGGCGGCGACGGGGGGUGCGGGCGGCGGCGGCGCGGGCUCCCGAAGCUCCAUCGACAGCCAGGCCAGUUUGAGCGGGCCGCUGGCGGCGGCCGGGGGCUCCGGGGCCCGCGACGUGGGCGACGGCAGCAGCACCUCGAGCGCGGGCAGCGGCGGCAGCCCCGACCACCACCACCACGUGCCCCCCGCGCUGCUGCCCCCCGGGCCGCACAAGGCCCCGGACGGCAAGGCGGGAGCCACCCACCGGUCCCUGGACGACCUGUCGGCGCCGCCGCACCACCGCAGCAUCCCCAACGGCCUGCACGAUCCCUCGUGCACCUACACCAGGCAGCUGGAGACCAAGGUGAAGCUGCUGGAGGGUGACAAGCUCCUCCCACAGCUGCCCUGCGCCUAUGGCCGCCCGAGAAGCUGGCUGCAGGCGGGCUCUGGAGAAUUCCGGACACUGCGGAAGGGCUUCUCGCCCUACCACUCGGAGUCCCAGCUCUCGUCGCUGCUGCCCUACCCGGACUCCCUGCAGAACGGCCCGGCCUGCCCCAUCCCUGAGCUGCCCUCGCCACCCUCCAGCUACAGCUCAGCAGGACAGAAGCCUGAGGCGGUGGUGCACGCCAUGAAGGUCCUGGAGGUGCAUGAGAACCUGGACCGGCAGCUCCAGGACAGCUGUGAAGAGGACCUGAGUGAGAAGGAGAAGGCCAUCGUCCGAGAGAUGUGCAACGUGGUCUGGAGGAAGCUGGGGGACGCGGCCAGCUCCAAGCCCUCCAUCCGGCAGCACCUGUCCGGGAACCAGUUCAAGGGGCCUUUGUAGGCUGCAGCUGCACACCCGGGACCGGCCCUGCCUGGCCCCUGCGUGCCGCCGUCUCUCCGCCGUGAACUGUACAUAGGACCCGGCCUGCCCCGGCUGCGGUGGUGACACCAUGGCCACCUCCCGCCUUACACACCAGCAAACUGGGAGGACGAGAAGCCACUGCUUGCUCCCCGCAGCCCAGUGGCCUGGAUGGGCUCGUUCCCUCUGCCCCAGCCCCCCGAGCAUAGGGACGCCAGGCCAGGUCUGCCCGAUGUCUGUGCAGUGGAGGCACCUUGUCCCACCUCUCUCCCCUGGACGUCCCCGAGUGGACUGUGCCCACCAGCACCUAAAUCGGACCCAGGCGGCACCGCUUCUGGCCCCUGCUAUGGCCCGGGCCCUGUGUCGUGGACACAGAGUCGCUGUGUCAUGCUGGCUGGACCUCGAGUCCUGGGGGCUCAGGGUCCCCUGCCAGCUGGCGGUCAGUGCCAGCCUCCCUGAGGCCGGCUGCUGCAUGUCUGCAGUGUGCACCCGACAUCCCCAACACACUGCACCCUCUCCCUGUGCUGGUCGGGGAGCGAUGGGCCAGGGCUGGGCCCGUGGUCAGCUGUGGCCUCCCCAGGGCCAGCUGCACCCUGGGCCACAGGACAGAGCUGCAGGGCCCCCCAUGGUGAGUUCUGUUUUCUGGGGAAGGAGCCUGAGCUGGUCCUGGUGUUGGUUUGCUGUAUGACCUUCAGCAUGUCACUCAGCCUCUCUGGUUACUGGUGGGUAAGUGGGGUCCCCGAGGUUCCUUUUGGCCCUGCUCAUGGUUUGAAGCCACUCAGCUGUAGCUGGCCUCUGUCCUCUGUCCCAGCUCACAAGCCCCUUGGGUGGAGCUGCUGGAGAGGCCCGGGCUCGACGCGGUGAAGUGGGCAGUGUCAGGCCCUCCCUGCAGGGCCCUGGGCCCAGGCACGCCCCUCAGUGUCCCAUCACUGAGGCUGUAAACCCGAGGGUGACAGGAAAAUGCCCAUGGGGGUAGGGAGAGCUGUGGCACAUUGCAGUGAGAACCCCAGCCCUGGGGGACGCAGGCCAAGUGCACACCGCCCUGGCAGCCCCUGGCACCCACUCACCCCUGUGCAGGCCCCACACCAUCACUGCCCUCCUCUCUCGACGGUACUCAGAGGCAGUCUUCGUGCCAGGCCCAGGCCCAGGCCCAGACAGGGACCGAGGGCGCGCAGACGGCUUCCCUGCUCCUCUCCCUGGCCGAGCUCUCGAGUGUCUGGCUGGCCUGCAUCUUGUCCUUGGGUCUGGCACUCUCAGGGGAAAGGCUCUCGGCCUGGGGCCAUUGGGGAGCUGCUGUCAGUCAGGUGUGAGCUCCCCGUCCGCCGCCCAUGGUACUGGGCUGGCCACGCUGACAGCCCUUGGGGGCGGGAGUCCAGCCCUGGGAGCCCAUGGGAGUCAGGUUUGGAUCAGAAUGGCUUGGCCACCACUGAAAUAAGCAAUAAAUAAGGCUCCUGGGGACCUGCAGCCAGCUGGAAGACAGCCCGGAGGGACGUGGCCAUCCUGAGGGGUCUGUGAGCUUUCCUGAGACCCCUCCCGCCUGCCAGAGGUGGCACCUGCUGUGUCCGAGCCAGCACAGCCUGGGGAUGGCUGUCAGGAUACCAUGUCUGACAGUCCAGUCACAGCCACUGAGCCUGGGGCAGCUGGCAGGCGCCCAGCCACAGCCGGACCCGUGGGCCGCCUACUAUGGGGAUCCCAGGGCCUGCAACUCAGGGUGACACCUGGUGACCCCUUUUUUCUAGGAAAGCCCCUGGCAGGGCCAGGGUGGGAGUGGCUUUUCCCAGUGCGGACACUCAAUUCCAGUCCAUCCGAAUGGACGGAGCCCCCUGACACUGGCUGCAGGUCCUCCUGUGAUGGAAGGCGCCAUGAAGCCCCAGCCCGGUGGCCUUGCCUGUCCUGGAGUCAGAAUCUGCUGAGCACGUAUCUUUAGGGUGGCACAUUUUUAUCCAAAAGUUAUUAGCUACACACCAGUGUUUAAAGAGAAAAGUGACCUUUUUUUUUUCUUGAAACUUGACAGCAAACAAAAUACAUACUACUGAUUUUUUUUAAGAAACAAACUAAAAUGCAUGACUGCAGAAUGGUAGAGGUGUAUAUUUUUCAUACUGUGGAGGGAAAGUAUUCGUGCUGCUUUUUGGAAACGGACUGGAACGUCUGGUUCCUGUCCCGGCUGGCAGCGACGCGCUCAUCUGCAGGCCGUGCAGUGAGACCUGCAGCGCCCGCCCGUCCCGCAGAGCCGGAGCCUGAGGACUCCCGCCCGUUCCCACCCUGUUGAACCACUUUGAUCUGUGGAAAGUGAAAUAGACUUUUUGAUAGUGUGGUUAAAACACUGAUUUGAACUAUUUUAGUAAAGGAGUAACAGAUAAGACUGUGAGCGUGUAUACUUUGCUCUAGAUAAAUAAAGGCCUCCUGGCUGGU